AUGGACGAGCCGGGCUGCUCUUGGCCGUUCUGGAAGUUUGGGAUGAAGAGGGACGACCUCUCCACCAAACUGCAGGAUGAAUACAAUACCAUCCCGUCCAACAUUCAGGACCCCGAAGCCUUUCAUCACGACGUCUACGAGAUCUCCCGCAUCGCCGAUACUGCCGACGAGUUCCACCGUAUGAUGGCCGACCGCAAGGAACAGCGUCUCAAGGAACUCAACGCGUCGCUCGAUCUCGCUGCUGUCGAGAUCAUCGCCAACCCCAAGCUGGUCGGCACCGGCCAGUGGUCCUACGCUCUGCAGCUCUUCCGGACACGCUCGCUCGACUCUCUCGUGCGACUGUUCUCGAGCUAUCUGCCCGACGACUACUCCUGCACUCAAGGCUACUACGCGACCUCGUUGAGCGGCACCUCCUUCAGCGAUCGCUGCAGCUCCCGCACCGCGAGCACGAAUCUGAGCAGCCUCGACGAUGUCGACGGUCCCUGUUUCUUUAACGAUGAUGACGAAAAGCCCAUUAUGACGCAUGAACCUUUACAUAUCUCGACCUCCAUAUCUUCCUCCGCCAUCACCACGGAGCUCCCCCCUUCUCCUCGCUCCAUGACGAUGCAGUCCGACACAUCUACGUCGUCGCCCAUUGAUCACGAGCGCGACUACAUACUCCACACCCUGACCCCUGCGCGGACCUUAUCAUUCUCUGGUUCCGAAUCCGGCCGGUUCCAAGGGCGGCGUCUUCAGUGUCUUGAAGACGACGAGGACGAAGAGGAAGAAGACACCUCGCAGUCCGAAGAUCCAGAUUCCCUGACGACGUCGGUGUCAGAUCUGGACGAGCAUCAUCUGACGCGCGAAUCUACCGUGGACGAGGAGCAACCUAACGAAUACACCGAAAGCGCCACCGAGGAUGACGAUUGCGAAGACGAGUUUCCCACGACCCAGCUUCCCUUCGACCUUUUUGAUGACGUGAUGGAGUCUUCAGAAACCCCAACCCCUAAACAGGAAAUAACAACAACAAUAACUUCGGCACCGGCGUCUUACCUUGACAGCAAAUCUUCAUUUCGUUCGAUACCCCCAUCCUUUCGCGCAUCCUCACCAAAGAUACCCCACCUCCGCCGUCGCGACGCCAGCCCCGCGAAGAGUAGCAUCAGCAGCAGUACCAUGAGUAGGAGGAGUCCCGAUGAAGCAGCGUGUCGUAUACAGAAGCCGCAGCCCGACGCCGCACGCGUGCGGGCCUUGGCGGCCAGGGAGCGCAGGAGGGGACUGGACUAG